CUGGGGAGACAGGCGGGCCCCUCCCCGGUGGGGCCUCGGCCCCUUCCCCCGGCUCCCUCAGUCCCCGGGAGGCCGCCCCUUGGUGUGGAGACUACUUGGGCAGCUCCGCAAGCCUGACCGGCCGUCAUGGCGACCUGCAGGGACCGCGAGGAGGAGCAGGUGGUCCCCAGCGAGGAGGAUGAAGUGGACGUGAGGGCGGUGCAGGCCCGGUACCUCCGCAGCCCCUCGCCCAGCCGGUGCUCCGUGGUCUCGGAGGCCGACACCGAGAGCAUCUUCAUGGAGCCCAUCCACCUGUCCUCGGCCGUGGCGGCCAAAUGCAUCAUCAGAGAAGAACUGAAGCCGCGGGGGCCGAAGGCCGCGGCCGAGUGCCCGGGCAUGCUGGAGUCCGCCGAGCAGCUGCUGGUGGAGGACCUGUACAACCGCGUGCGGGAGAAGAUGGACGACCGCAGCCUAUACAACACGCCCUGCGUCCUGGACCUGCAGCGGGCGCUGCUCCGGGACCGCCAGGAGGCGCCCUGGAACGAGGUGGACGAGGUCUGGCCCGGCGUCUUCAUAGCGGAGAAGAGCGUGGCCGUGAACAAGAGCAGGCUGAAGAGGCUGGGCGUCACCCACAUCCUGAACGCCGCGCACGGCACCGGCGUGUACACGGGGCCCGAGUUCUACUCGGGCCUGGACAUCCAGUACCUGGGGCUGGAGGUGGACGACUUCCCCGAGGUGGACAUCUCCCGGCACUUCCGGAAGGCCGCCGAGUUCCUGGACGAGGCGCUGCUGACCUACCGAGGGAAAGUCCUGGUGAGCAGCGAGAUGGGCGUCAGCCGCUCGGCCGUGCUCGUGGUGGCCUACCUGAUGAUCUUCCACCACAUGGCCGUGCUGCAGGCCCUGCUGACCGUGCGGAAGAAGCGGGCCAUCUACCCCAACGACGGCUUCCUGAGGCAGCUGCGGGAGCUCAACGAGAAGCUGAUGGAGGAGAGGGACGAGGACUUCGGCCAGGAGGGGGACUCGCGUGAGGCGGAGGAGGGCGAACAUGCGGGGAGCCCCGUCGGGGCCGGAGUGCAGGGCCUCACCGUGGAGGAGGUGGACGAUGCCACCAGCCACCUGAGUGGCUCCUCCCUGGGGAGGGCCAGCCUGGCCUCCAAGCCCCUCCCCCUCAUCGACGAAGAGGAGGAGGAGAAACUGUACGAGCAGUGGAAGAAGGAGCAGGGCGUCCCCACGGGCACGGGCACGGCCCCCCGGGGCGGGGAUGGCAGGGGCUCAGCCCAGGGUGGGGAGGAGCCCGAGGACCAGGACCUGGAGAGGAUCAUCCGGGAGUGGCAGAGCCGCAACGAGAGGUACCAGGCGGAAGGGCACCGGAGGUGGGAGCGGGAGGAGGAAGAGAAGGAGGAGGUGGAGACAGAGGAGGGAGAGGCCAGCUCCCAGGUGGGGAGCAGGCGCAGGCGGACCCUGAGCGAGAGCAGCACCAUGGAGAGCGUGAGCAGCCGCGACAGGCGGAUCCUGUCGCAGCAGCUGGAGGGCGGCCGCCAGCAUGGGGGUGGCCGGCGCCGCUGCGACUCCACGUCCACGGAGAGCACCUGGGACAUGUGGAACCAGAGGCUGCUGGAGAUUGAGGAGGAGGCUUCCCGGAGGUACCGCUCCCGGAGCCGGAGAGAGGAGGUGGACGCCGGCUCGGAGGCGGGGAGCAGGGCGCGAGAGGAUGACGAGGAGAGCGUGCUGUCCGAGGCCAGCUCCUUCUACAACUUCUGUAGCCGGAACAAGGAGCGGCUCACCGCGCUGGAGAGGUGGAAGGUCAAGAGGAUCCAGUUCGGGUUUCACAGGAGGGACUCGGAGGCGGGAGACGGCGGCGGUGAGCAAGGCACAGAGGGGGCCGUGCAGGAGAGGCGCGCGUCCGACGUCAGCCUGACCGCCUACCAGGCCUGGAAGCUGAAACACCAGCAGAAGGUGGGCAGCGAGAACAAGGAGGAGGUGGCCGAGCUCAGCCAGGGCGAGGCCUCUCUGUCGGCCAAGAAGAGGCAGCGGAGGCUGGAGCUGCUGGAGAGGAGCAGGCAGACGCUGGAGGAGAGCCAGUCGCUGGGCAGCUGGGAGGCCGGCAGCGCGGCGGCCACCGGCAGCAUCCCCCUGUCUGCCUUCUGGUCGGCAGCCCCCUCGGUCAGCGCCGACGGGGACACGGCGUCGGUGCUCAGCACCCAGAGCCUCGGCGCGUGCCCGUCUCGGGCCGUGAGCAGCGCAGGCGGGUGCCCGGCCUCCGCCCCCGCCACGCCGCUGCCCGACCUGCCCGUGGGGCCCGGAGACACCAUUUCCAUCGCCAGCAUCCAGAACUGGAUCGCCAACGUGGUCAGCGAGACUCUCGCCCAGAAGCAAAAUGAGCUGCUGCUGCUGUCCCGAGCCCCGUCCGCGGCGAGCGACAGGGCGGCCCCUGCAGCCGGCCGCCCGGGGGACGACCAGGUGUCCACGCUCAGCGUACAGAGCGCCUCCUCCGUGGGCCUCCCCCCUCCGAGCCACGCACGACCCAGCCCCGACACGCAGUCCGUGCUGUCCGAUCACAGCGUGCUGGGCUCCGGGGCCAGGGGCGCGGGCAGCGGCGUGAGGGGGACCAGCAAGCCUGCCUACAGCCUCUUCGCCGACCACGUCAACCUGAAGGAGCUCGGCCAGAAGGAGAGGGAGAUGCAGGCGGAGCUGAGGGAGAAGAUGUCCGAGUACAAGGUGGAGAAGCUGGCCUGUGACCACAAGCGCAGCCACCUCUUCAAGAAGAAGAAGAAGGUCCGGGAAGAGGAGGACGGGGGCAUGGGGGACAGGGACGAGGACGCGGACAGCGCCAUAGGCAGCUUCCAGCAUUCUUCCCGCGGGGGCUCCCAAAAACCGGACACGGACGCCGGCUCCUCCCUGGACGCCUCCGACCGCUACGGCAGUGGCGGCGGCAGAGGGGCCGGCGGCGAGAGGGACAGCAGUGUCACUAGGUGGCUCAGCGGCCUCGGGACAGAGGGACGGUCUUCUCCCCAGAGCGACUGGUCUGGAAGCUCGCGGGGGAAGCACGCCAGGUCGUCGCUGCUCCGGGAGACCGAGUCCAAAUCCUCCCGGUACAAGUUCUCCGAGUCGCGCUCGGGGGAGCAAGACACCGCCUACCAGGCGGCCGAUGGCAGCGCCGUGAGAAGCACUUCGCGCUUCUCCUCCUCCUCCUCCAGGGAGGGCAGGGAGACGCACCGGUUCUCCAGGGCCCUGUUCAGCGAGGCCUCCAGCUCCCCGGAGGCCAGCCCGGAGCCCUCCGCGGGGGAAGAGUCCCCGGAGCCCCGGCGUGCGCCCUGGGCCAGGCCCAGGGACUGGGAGGACGUGGAAGAGUCGUGCAAAGCAGACUUCUCCGAGUUCGGUGCCAAGAGGAAGUUCACACAGAGCUUCGUGCGGUCCGAAGAGGAGGGGGAGAGAGAGAGGACGGAGCGCAGGGAAGAAGGCAGGUUUGCUUCUGGGCGGCGGGCCCGGUGCCGGCGAAGCGCGGCCGGGGAGGAGGAGGAAGAAAUGGACGACGAGGCCGUCAUCGAGGCCUGGAGGCGCCGGCAGGAGGAGACCAGGACCAAGCUGCAGAGGAGGAGGGAGAAUCCGCGGGGAGGUAGCCCCGGGGGGGACUGAGGACGCGGGGCACGGGGCACACGGUGCCCCUGCCCAUCCAGCGACUAGGGUGUACACAGGCCCGUGGAAGGGGCAGAGCUGAAGUAAGGGGUCCCAGGCAGAGGGCGGAGGGGCGGAGAGCCACGGGGGCGGGUGCUAAAGGCGGGGCCAGCUGACACCGUUUCCUAGCUUCACUUGGGCAGCGAACAGGGUCAAGCACGGACUGAAGCGGUGAGGCGGAGCGCUCACCAGGGCGCAGGAGCUGGUAGGAGGGCCCAGCCCCGGGCUGGGAGGCUGCGAGUGCGGGGCGCGCUCUGGGCGGCGGUGUUCCAGCGGGACCCGGAAACCCACCCGCGGCGAGUCUCCCUGCCCGGCGAUGCUGUGUUCUGGUUGUUUCUCUUUAAUGUUUCGGAUCUGCAUUAAACUAG